GCCCCGGCAGAGAGUAGACACAGCGGCCCCAGGCGAUUAUGGACCCUGCCGAGGCAGUGCUGCAGGAGAAAGCUCUCAAGUUUAUGUGCUCUAUGCCCAGGUCUCUGUGGCUGGGCUGCUCCAGCCUGGCGGACAGCAUGCCUUCGCUGCGAUGCCUGUAUAACCCAGGGACUGGCGCACUCACAGCUUUCCAGAAUUCCUCAGAGAGAGAAGACUGUAAUAAUGGCGAACCCCCUAGGAAGAUAAUACCAGAGAAGAAUUCACUUAGACAGACUUACAACAGCUGUGCCAGACUCUGCUUAAACCAAGAAACAGUAUGUCUAGCAAGUACUGCUAUGAAGACUGAAAACUGUGUGGCCAAAACAAAACUUGCCAAUGGUACUUCCAGUAUGAUUGUACCCAAGCAACGGAAGCUCUCCGCAAGCUAUGAGAAGGAAAAGGAAUUGUGUGUCAAAUAUUUUGAACAGUGGUCAGAGUCUGAUCAAGUAGAAUUUGUGGAACAUCUUAUAUCCCAAAUGUGUCAUUAUCAACAUGGCCACAUAAACUCGUAUCUUAAACCUAUGUUGCAGAGGGAUUUCAUAACUGCUCUGCCAGCUCGAGGUUUGGAUCACAUAGCCGAGAACAUUCUGUCCUACCUGGAUGCCAGAUCACUGUGUGCUGCUGAACUCGUGUGCAAGGAGUGGUACCGAGUGACGUCUGAUGGCAUGUUAUGGAAGAAGCUCAUUGAAAGAAUGGUCAGGACGGAUUCUCUAUGGAGAGGCCUGGCAGAACGAAGAGGGUGGGGACAGUAUUUAUUCAAAAACAAACCACCUGAUGGGACUGCUCCUCCCAACUCUUUUUAUAGAGCACUUUAUCCUAAAAUUAUACAAGACAUUGAGACGAUAGAAUCUAAUUGGAGGUGUGGAAGACAUAGUUUACAGAGAAUCCAUUGCCGAAGUGAAACAAGCAAAGGAGUUUACUGUUUACAGUAUGAUGAUCAGAAGAUCGUCAGCGGCCUUCGAGACAACACAAUCAAGAUCUGGGAUAAAAGCACGCUGGAAUGCAGGCGGAUUCUCACAGGCCACACAGGUUCUGUCCUGUGCCUCCAGUACGACGAGCGGGUGAUCAUAACGGGCUCAUCGGAUUCCACAGUCAGAGUGUGGGAUGUCAAUACAGGUGAAAUGCUAAACACAUUGAUCCACCAUUGUGAAGCGGUUCUGCACUUGCGUUUCAAUAAUGGCAUGAUGGUGACCUGUUCCAAAGACCGUUCCAUUGCCGUGUGGGAUAUGGCCUCCCCAACUGACAUCACCCUCCGGAGGGUGCUGGUUGGACAUCGAGCUGCUGUCAAUGUUGUAGACUUUGAUGAUAAGUACAUCGUUUCUGCAUCUGGGGAUAGGACUAUAAAAGUAUGGAACACAAGUACUUGUGAAUUUGUGAGGACCUUAAAUGGACACAAACGAGGCAUUGCCUGUUUGCAGUACAGAGACCGGCUGGUAGUGAGUGGCUCAUCUGACAACACCAUCAGACUAUGGGACAUCGAGUGUGGAGCAUGUUUACGAGUAUUAGAAGGCCAUGAGGAAUUGGUGCGCUGUAUUCGGUUUGAUAACAAGAGGAUAGUCAGUGGGGCCUAUGAUGGAAAAAUAAAAGUGUGGGACCUUGUGGCUGCUUUGGACCCCCGUGCCCCUGCAGGGACUCUCUGUCUACGGACCCUUGUGGAGCAUUCCGGAAGAGUUUUCCGACUCCAGUUUGAUGAAUUCCAGAUUGUCAGUAGUUCACAUGAUGACACAAUCCUCAUCUGGGACUUCCUAAAUGAUCCAGCUGCCCAGGCUGAGCCCCCCCGUUCCCCGUCUCGAACAUACACCUAUAUCUCCAGAUAAAUAAUCAUACACUGACCUCAUACUUGCCCAGGACUCAUUAAAGUUGCGGUAUUUAAUGUAUCUGCCAAUGCCAGGAUGAGCAACAACAGUAACAGUCAAACUCCUACCCAGUUUCCCCGGACUAGCCGAGGAGCGGGGCUUUGAGACUCCUAGUGGGACACAGUUGGUCUGCGGUCGACCCCGACGGUCUGCUCAGCACAGCCGUGUGCAUCAGUGCUGCUAUCAGAAGAUGUCUGUAUCUUUCGUGAGUGAUUGGAACUUUGAAACCUCACCUCCCCCUCCUCCUUUCCCCUCUGCACCUGUUUUUCCCCACUUGGUUCCAGACAAAGAUGACCUAUAAAUAUAUUUAGUGUUUUGUCAGAA